AUGGCGCGGUUCCAACCGCUUCCAAUGUUGGUGGUAGUUUUCGCGGCUGGAGUGUUGACAUCGGUUUGGGCCGCCCUGGCAACGAACGAUGUGCAUCUUCCGGAGGAACAGAACACGCGUCGCCAUCAUUCGUACCAGAAAGAUGGCCAACCGCACGUAAAGGCAUCGUAUCCGGAGUCGGUCACCAGCAGCCCAACCUUUCAGUUUGAACACCAGCAAUCGGAAAAGGACGCACGUCAGUUUGUGGCCUCGAUGACCGAUGCCGACAUGGUUGUACCCAGCUGGUGCAAGGUGUGCAAUGCCACAAUGCUGCAUUAUUGCCGCACGUCACGUUUCAUAAACGAUCACUGUUGCUGUGAAUAUGCGCACACCAGAGAGCAACUGCCACAGAUUCCCCACACCUGCCAUCGUCAGUUGCAAGGAGACUGCGAGGUGAACGCCGGAUCUUGCGGCAAGUAUCGCGUGAUCAAAGAGUGCUGCUGCGAUCGGGAAACGAAGCAGGAGUAUAAACAGAAAUACUCAUCCGGGUCCAAUAUUGGACCAACCAGGAUUAUGCUGCUUCUUGGGCUAGCCUGUGCCUUGAUCCGUUCCGUUCUACUGCAUCAGCUCAGUUAG